GUCAAAACCAAAACAAAUAUGGUGUGUACGUGGAGGCCGUUGAGUUCACCGACUGAGUUACCCUUAGCUUUCGUUUCGGUGUUGAAAAUAUUGUUUUUUAACCAACAUUUUUAUCUCAAUAUUUUUGGUGCCAAAAUUAGGUAAUUCACAGCCAGCAUGUGGAAGGGUACAGACGAUCCGGGUGGAGGAUCUGACAAUACACCACCGAGUAGUCAAGAACUACAAGAAAUGAAGGACCAAUUUGAGCAGCAGCAAAUGCUCAUUACACAGUUCAAGGAGAUCAUGAAAAAGACUGAUCAGACCUCAACAACUGUGACACAGGAGAAGGUAGCAGAAUAUGCUAACACUCUAACCAAAAUGAAAUCUAGAGCUAAGAGGCUUAAUUUGGCAAAAGAGAAAGAUUGUGAAGGUGAGGUGACCAAGUUGAACACCCCUGCAAAUGAAAAAGUAUUAUUGCUAAGACAACAGUUGGAGCAAAACAAAGUUAAGUUAGCUGAAAGGGGCAAAAACCAGAAAGGCAUUGAAGAAAUGGUGGCCCAGGUCAAAGCACAAUUGGAUGAUUCACAGCAACAAAUCAAUUUAUCCCAGACACCACUCAAUAUUUCCUUGUUUGAUGAAAGAGUGGACUACACACCACAAUUAAGCUCUCAGGAACUGUACAACAUUUUACUCAACAAAGAUAAACUCAUUAAUGAAAUGAAUGCUAAAAUAUCUAAGCUACAGGGGAAUGUGCUAGACCUACAAGAAAAUGUGAAAGAAAAAGAGUCUGUGAUUGAUGCCAGAACCAAAGCAAUUACACUGAUGUCUGAAAAUUUGAGUAAAAAAGGCAAAUCUACUUUGGACGCGCUGGAAGACACGAAGGUGCAGAUGCGACGCAUGCAGGAAAACUUUAUUGAAAUUGAAGAACAUUUGAAGGCAGAAAAUUCAACACUUAAAGCAGAUUUAAACAAUAAAUCCAUCGAAAUUCAACGGCUGCAGGUUGAAAAUAGAGAGUUGCAAGAAAAUGAAUCACGGUUACAAGUAAAAAUUAAUGAAUUAGAGAAGGUGAAAACUUCACCGACGGUUUCUCCGUCGAGGCGCUCACCAUCUAAAAAUAGAAAAAGUAAAAGAGGGAAAUUUCCAUCAAAACCAGAUACAUCCAAGGCAGAUGAUGAAUCUAAUGCGCUGAUAACUGCUUUAGAAAAACAAUUGAAUAAUAAAGAGGCGGAAAUUGAAAUAUUGAAGAAACAGCAUCAAGAUCAAGUUCUGAAAUUAACAGAAGAAUUGAACACGCAGCGUGAAUCUGCUGUAAAAGUAGCUAAAGUAGAAACGAUUGUCCAUGAAACAGACGAUGCCGAGUUAAAUAGGCUGAAGCAACAACUAGAUGAAGCAAAUAAAAACAUGAUUAAGGUGAAAGCCCAACAUAAGAGCAAAUUGAAGGAAAUGAAUAAAAAAAUUGAAGAGUUUAAGAAGAUUGGCGACGUGAACGCCGAGCUGGUCAAGAUGGAAAAUGAAAAUUCGAAAUUACAGCUGAAAAUCGUUGACUUAGAGGAGGAAAAGGACAACUGCAAUUUUCCAGAAUCCACCAAUAUAGGUGUAAUGGAAGCCACUAUCAAAGACUUAACAACUAAGCUAGCAGACCAAGAGACCACUAUAAACAACAGUGUAGCAGAAAAUAAAAAAUAUCAAGAAGAACUCCAAGCAAUGCGUGAUAAACUGGAGCAGAUGACAAACGACGAAGUCAAGCAGGAGUUGUCCACUGUUCAGUUUGAAGAACAAUAUGAAUCACUCGAAAAGGAAAAGAAGUUAUUACAAACUACUAUUGAAACAUUGGAACAUAAAAUAGUUGAGAUGAACACGCAAUUAGAGGCACUGAAGACUGAAAAAUCAGAAAUUCAGUUAAAGUAUGACGGCUUACUGCAAGAAAACGCAGAGUUGAUCGAUCGAUUAGAAAAAUUAAGUACUGAGAAAGUAUCAUCCGCAGAGAGUAUUGAAAUUGUCGAGAAUUUAACGCAGCAGGAGAAAUUGGAGCUGGAGGCGUACCAAAAGAGCUUACUGCCGAAAACAAGCAUGGAUAAUUUAGAUGAUAAUGUGGACGGUGAUCUUAACGACAGCGUUAAUCAACUUACUGAGGAAACAUCUGAAUUGCUGCAGAAGAUUGAACUAUUCACUGUUGAAAGACGAGAAGUUAUGGAAAAAUUAGAAUUAUUGACUGAGGAAAAUAAUCAGUUGAGUCUGAAAUUAAGAGAAGUUGAAAACAAUAGGGAUGUCUUGGUAGAAACAUAUGAACAGCUUCAAACUGAGAAAGAAAUUUUAGAUAAUAAACUUGAAGAAUAUGAGGAACUGAUUUCAGAAUUUAAAAAACAAAAUUCAAGUGACGUUGUAGAUCAUUCUGCAGUUGAAGAAUAUAAAAAGUUUGUUCAGGUACAAAAAGAUGAAAUCAACGAUUUACAAUUAAAAUUGUUGUCAUAUGAAAAAACCGAUUCUGUGCGAGAUGACAAUGUUAAUAAAGAAUUGGAAGAUAAUUAUAUGAGAUUGAUUGCAGAAAACGAACAAUUAACUGCACAAUUUGCCGAGAUUAAAGAAACUAGCCAAAAUUACAUUGAGAUUAUCGAGGACAAUAAACAGGAAUUGAUUAAAUAUGCAGAAGUGCUGGAUGUUAAUACAAAAUUGAACGCGGAGCAUGAAAAGUUAAAGAUGCAAUUGGAAGAACAUCAACAAAAUAAAACCGAACAAAUUAAAGUUCUUGGUGAAAGCUUAGAUGAGUAUGAAAAGGAAUUGAAUGAAAAAUGCAAACUUAUCAAGACGUUGGAAAAUCAAAUUUACUCUUUGCAGGAAGAAAAAGUACUUAUCGAAACUAAUCUGGCGGAGAAAUCAAACGAAGUCGAAAGUGUUCGUUUAGAAAAGAAACAAAAAGAAAUUGAGAAUGAAAAAUUGUUGAAUCAAGCAAUAACCACGGAAUCUGAAGUGAAGAUUCAAGAGUUACAGACUAAGAAUAAAGAACAACUUGAGAAGAUGAAGAAAAUCGCAGCGAAUUUAAAGAAAAAGACGAUUGAUUUCAAGGAACUUGAAGCUAAAUACAAUGAAUUAUUAUCGAUUAAGGAGGGUAUGGAAUUACAACAGUCUGCAGAUUGCGAUAAACAAAAUAAAAUAUCUUCGUUGGAAGCAGAAUUAGGAUCGUUGUCAAGUGAGCUACAGCGUCUUAAACAAGAGUUUGCUGCCAAGAACACAGAAUAUUUGAAUAUUAUUGAACAAGAACGAAAUUUACACCAAGAAAAUCAACAGAUAAUGACGAGAAAUGAAGAAAUCACUACUCAGUUGCAUACUUAUUCAGCACAGAUUGAAGAUUUGCAGAAUAUAAUUCGUGAAUAUGAGUCGCAAAUAAGUUCUUUAAAUCGUGAAAUGGAAUCAUUACGCUCUUCGAAAAUAUCUGAUGAGAAAAAUGAUAUGAUUCUGCAAUUAAAUGAUGAAAUUGAAGCUUUAAAGUACAAUUCACAAACUUCAAACAAUGCUUUGCAGAUGAAGAUUCAUGAACAGGAGGUUUCUAUUGAGACAUAUGAACAGGAACUACAGAUGUAUAAAGAAAAAGCAUCCAGAUUAGAAGAAGGUUUGUCAGAGGUGGAGGCACGUCGACUAAGUUUAGAGCAGAGAUCAAUCGACCUUGGUACCAAGCUGGAAAUUAAAGAAUCAAGCUUUAUGGAAGCCACAGAAAAGGGAGAACAUUUAGAAAAUCGUUUAAAAGCUCUAGCAGAAAAGGAUCAAAGGAUUGAGGAAAAAUUGAUAGAGGUACAGGAGGAAAACGCUGUAUUGCAAAGCGAAAAUCAAAAGAUGAUUGCCGAAGUAGACAGUUACAAAAAGCAAGUUGAGCAAUACAAUUAUCGUAUCAAGCAUUACGAAGAGAAUCAGGAAGCUGCAAAUGCUUUGGAGGCUGAAAAGCAAAGCAUGGAGUUAAAGUGUAAAAAUUUAGACAAUGAAUUGAAAAAACUUCAUAUGGACUUUACUACUCUUCAAAAUGAAUUCGAGAAGGCUGAGAAUGAAUCUCAGCAACAGCUACAACGUUCUGCGGCCGAAAGAAAACAGAUGAUGGAAGAAUUAGAAAUUCAACGUGAAGAAAUUUCGGUUUUGUUAGAGACUAAGAAUGAUAUACAACGUACUGUGGAGGAUCUCAAUAGCAAGUUAGAUCAACAACAGACGGAGUUCGAGGAUACAAUCAACAAAUAUCAUGAUUUGCAACAAGAACAUAAGAAGGCUCUAGGCCAACUGGAAGAGUACGAGGCGUCAAUUCGAUUCCAAAAAGAUGUACAAAAAGAUAUCGAAAGUCCUGACGAUGUGCAGCAAUUACUAAAUCGUAAAUUGCAGGAACUUGAAGAGUUCAAGCGGAAUUAUGUUCCAUCACCAGCUGAUUUUUUCAAUGAAAAUCCAAUUGAAUCUAGCCUCAAUAAGGAAAUUCAAGAUUUAAAAGAAAAGUUAAAACAAUUUAAUAAUACAGAAGCUAAGAGUUUAGAACUGGAACAAGAAAUGCAUGAAAAAGAAACACAUUUACAGAUAAACGAAGAGUUAUUGAAACGGUUACAGGAAGAAUUAGAACUAAAGGACCAGCGUAUUAAACAAGACGAGGCUGAAAUAAUUGAUUAUAAAACACAGUUGGAUUUUGCUAGAAAUAUGUUAGAGCAGGUGGAAGCGAAUAACUUCCAAACCUUAAAUCGUAACAAUGAACUGGAAAAAUUAAUUCAUAGUGUGGAACAGCAAAAAAAUGAUCUUCAGCAACAAUUAAAUAACGAACGUCAAUCCCAGCAGCAACAUCAAGUGCAAUGGCCAGAAUCGUCAGCAUCUGAACCAUUUGCAUUCAUCCAAGAAAAAUCUAAUCAAGAACCUACAAUGGUGAAGCAUGACGUGGUUCCUGUGCAAGCCUUGAAUGAAACAAGAAACACUCAAGAAGAAUUACUACAGAAGAUUAAAACGCUUGAGUUUAUAGUGUAUAACACCGAACAAGAGAAAGAAAACGCUCAGAUUCAAUGUGCCCAACUCUCAGAAGAACUCGGGCGACUUAUUUACGAACGGGAGCAACAAAUGAUUGCAACUUCGAAUGUCAACAAUAGCGAUCGUUCCAAUUCACAAUUCAAUCUAGAAUCACAAAUUGUCUCCGGUGGUGAAGUAUCCAUUCCACCGUCAAUUCCGUUCCAACCAUCCAAGGACCCCGAGCAAUGUUUCUCCUCGCAGAACAUUUCUGAGGACUUGUGUGAACAGCAACGUGCAUACGAAUGCAAUCCGUCAGCGUUUGCCGACGAUGACGGAUGGGGAUUCGACGUAGAGGAAACCAAGGUGGAAGAGGCGCAGGUGCAGUCGACGCCGCCAAGUGAUCUUCAAGAAAAGAUACGCUUGUUGAAUCUUGAACGAGAUGCACACCUGGAGGAAAUUCAUCAGGCGAAUGUCAAGUCAGGCAAACUGAUAAAAAAAUUGAAGGAGUUCAAGGUACGCAACGAGCAGUUGAUUGCCAAGAUUAAAGCAAAGGAUAAAGAUGAUUUUGGACUUGAAGAUACUAUCCAAGAUGAAUUAAAAGCGCAAAUAAUUGGUUUGGAGAAGAAAUUGAAGGAAGCGGAUGCCGAGUUGGUGAAGGAACGAAACGAGCGAGAGAAUAUUGCUAAACGGGUAGAUGUACUCACAGCGGCUAAUGAACGGAUGGUGGAAUUGAAAGAAAAGCAAGAUAUUGAAGUGAUGGGUUAUCAGCAACAAGUUCGCGACUUGCAAAUCAAGUUGGAAAAAGUUGCUUGGAGUUCCGACUUUGGGGAGCAGGUGGUGUCUACUUCUUCAAACACUUCGGUUGCGUCGCUGGCGACCGAUAACACUACGUCAGAAAACAAGUUGGAAGAACUACAAGUCUCUGUUAGAGAAUUGACAUUAGAUAAUGAAGAAUUGCAGGCAAUGUUGGAAGAACAGACACGUUUGCGUAAGGAGGCUGAAGCCAGAGCAAAGAUUGUGCCCAAUGAAGUUGACGCGGAGCAACUUCGAAUCGCCUUAGACGAACAGGCUAAGUUAAUUAUUCAGAUUGAUGCACACAAAGCCGAAUGCAGUAAAAUAAGUGACGAGCGCGAUUCAAUUCAAGAAGAAUUGAGGAAACUUGGCGUUACGCUUCAGGGAAAUUACAAAGAGAAAACAUUAUUGGAAGCGUCUCUGUUGGAAAAUGGUAUUUUGAUUGAAUCGCUGAAGAAAACAAUCGAUGAACUGCAGAUCAACAUGAGCGAUGUCGAGCAAUUAAAAACUGAAUUGGAUUGUUUACAAACUGAAAAGGCAACGUGGAAUAAAAUUCAAGAGGAUAAGAUGAAGGAACAACAAGAUAUACUUGCUGAGAAUGCAUUAUUACAGACAACACUGAAUGAUUUACGCAGUCAGUUGCAAGGAAUGCAGUCAACUAACCAAGAGAGCGCAGGAUUGAUACAAGAAAUCGCCAAUUUAAAGGUGGAAUUGGAGGAAGUCGCUAAAUUGAAGCAGCAGCUGAUAGAUCAAGGGUCGGAGUAUGAGCAGAAAUUGGUGGCUGCAAGCGAACAAUUAGCCUUGGAGUGGGCGCAACACGUGGAUCAGCGCGGUAAUGAUGUUGCCGAGAGCUGGAAGCUGCACGUGGAUCAACGCGAGAACGAAUUUACGCAGUUGGAGCAAUCAUUGCGCAAAGAGCUGCACGAAAUGGAGGAGAAGUGCAAUGCGCUCGUCAAUGAAAAUAACGAGCUACGACGCAACGUCGACGCCGAGAUACGUAACGAGGUCGACCGAAUAUCCACGCUUCAACAGCACGUCGCCAAACUGGCUGAGACACUUCAACAAAAGGACGCCGACUUUGAACGACUACAAGAAGAGAACGGCAAUUUGAUUAAGCAGUUGCACGACUACGAAGGGCGCAUAAACACCGACAGCGAAGAGCUAUCUACCCUUCUUCAGCAGCACGGAGACAAGGACAGGGCAAGCGGGAAUAUUGAGAAAUUACGCGACGAAUUAAAAGCGAAGGAUAACGAGAUUACGCAAUGUAAGUGCAAUAUUGAAGAAUUAACGAAGGCCAAGUCACAGAUCGAGGAUAAUCAAUUGCUACAAAGCGAAAUUUCCAAAGAAAAGGAACGAAAUGAAAAACUUAAGGCAAAGGUAGAAGAAUCGUUGUUGCAAGUUACCACUUUGCAAGGCACACUGCAAGAGAAAGAACAUCGCCUACAAGAGCUUGAGGCUUACCUACAACAAUUACAAAACGAUGAUGCCAGCUCCAAGAUUCAACUGCAGACGAACGUGCAAGAGUUACAGCAGCAGAUCGCGCAAUAUGUGAUGCAAUUGCAGGAAAACAACCUACACAUCGGCAGUCUGAAUGAAGAAAUCGAAAGCUACAAGGUGCUGAGUAAUCACCUACAGAGCAAGGACACAGAAAUACAGCGACUUAACAAUUUGAUUGAGGAAACUAGUCGUGAACAUGAAUAUGCCUUGGAGAAUCAAUUGUUGGAAAGUCAAUCCGUAUUGUCUACAAAGUCUCAAGAAUAUGACGCGUUGAAGCGAAUAUUGAAUCAAACCGAAAUUACCAGAGACGAAAUGAUUGCAACAAAAGAUUCAGAAAUUGAAGCGUAUAGAGAGCAGUUUGAAGGCGUAAGCAAACAACUUGCAGAGUACCAAGUGGAAUAUGCAACAUUACAGAAUAAACUUGUAGAAACCAAUGGACAUGUUGCUACCUACGAGCAACAAAUUUCACAAUUGAACGGAAUAAUCGAAAGUCAAGUUCUAAAAAUUGAAGAACUUCAACAAGAUAUUUACGAAAAAAGUCGGAAUUACGAUGCACUCGUUGCAGAAUUGGAUAACACCCAAGAGUUGCAGAAGAAAGUGACGUUUGCAGAGUCUGCUUCUUCUCCCGGUAAUGAUUCUAUCAAGGAAGGAGUGCAGAAAGAGGAAGAUCCUUUUGAUGCGGCUUCCAAGGCAGAGUUAGAUUUGGCUUUGUAUAUGCUUCAUCAACGUGACGUACGUUGUGAAGAGCUCACUGUCGAACUGAUGCAGCUAUUGGAGGAGCGCGACACCCUUCAACUUCGAUUAUCGAAUGCGCUUAGGGAAAACGAGGCAAUUCGCGCGAACGAAGCACUUGUGGGAGAAACAAGUGCUACUAGUUUGAACGUUGACUCGUUAAAGGCUAUUGCUGGAACACCGGAGGCAGACAGUGCAUUCUUGAAGGAAGGACAAGCGGAGGCUGGAUUAGCUAAUAAGUUAACGGAACUAAAGGUUGUGGGAUACAAGAAAGAUAAAACACUUGUGGAUGAGCAAGAAUUACGUCGUCUGCAGCAAAUGGCCUUUCUUCAACAGCACAAGGACGACGUGUCCAGGUUGCCGGCUGAAGCUCAGGCCAGGCUACGCGACGCCAAUUAUACCCUAUCACGCGACGUACAGAGCCCCUCCAAGGUGCUGCUCAACUGGUUAUGGGGCACUAGCACGCCAAAGGUAAACAACGCUUGAGUUUCAAUUUGGAAAUAACUAUAUAGUGCCUCCCCCCACAGUCGCAUUUAUUUCCAUAAUUUGUAAAAAGUAUUUUAUAGCUAAAUAAUGUAAAUAUAUGAGAAAGUGAAUUGUUGGAAAGUA